AUGCCACGCCCACUCGCAAAGACCGUCAUCAUUGUCCUGGCGGCUCUGAUUACUUAUAUAUCCACCGUCAGCCUCCUACGCGCCGUCAAGCCGUCUCUGUUUGUCUGGUCGGAAGAAGACCGAGAAGACCGUGAAUGGGUGGCCACGUCAACAUCGUGGUUGGACCGCAAGAUAUGCCACUUUUUCGGCCUGUGCGGAAUUGCCCACGUUCAUUUCAGCUUUCCGUCUGGUGGUCAUGGCAAAGCGCUGAACCAAGAACCCAUUAACUCCGGCGAUGACCAAAACUGGCGGCUGGACUGGACUGUCGCGGAUGGGAACUUGACCGAUGAUGCUAAAUUUUUGGAGGAUAUACCAGAGUACGUGUUGGAAUAUGCGCCGCUGGUCCAUCUCUUCUCUGGCGAGGAAUUCUGGCCCGGCGACAUUGCCGAGCAUCUAGUAUAUACAACCCCGCAAGUGAACUAUACCCCCGUUCAGGGUACAUGGAAGCACCCCUCGUUGCAUGAUUUGAACGAGCUGAAUCGAUGGGAAAUGGGCCGAAAUGUCUUCCUUACCAGCAAUGACGAUGUCGAAGACCGGCCCGCUUGGCUAGGAGGAGAAGUCAACAUUCCUAGACCAGUACCGAACCAGCCAGAUCCCGAAGAGCCUAUACCAGAUGAUGGUCCUGUAAACGAUGAAAACGACGAUCGAGGAAAAUGGUAUGACGCUGGUGACUGGACCAAAGGGGCCGGUGCUCGCAUAGACUCAGAAGACUUAGAAGACUCGGAGCACUCGUUCCACGCCGGUGAGCUUCGCAAGAGAUACGCCGGCAAGCCUGUCCGGGGAGGACGCAGUGAUGCGCCUGCUGUUUUGGUGCUUAUAGACAAGGGAAAUGACAUUGUGGAUGCAUUUUGGUUCUACUUUUACAGCUACAACCUAGGCAACACGGUUCUGAACGUCCGGUUUGGCAACCAUGUCGGUGACUGGGAGCACUGUAUGGUGCGUUUCUACAAGGGCCGUCCCAAAGCCCUGUUCUUGAGCGCACACACGGCGGGCGAGGCCUAUAGCUACGAGGCAAUCGAGAAGCAUGGAAAAAGGCCUAUUAUUUACUCCGCUACGGGCACGCAUGCCAUGUACGCCGCGCCUGGGAUCCAUGAAUACGUUCUCCCCUGGGGCCUGCUGCAUGAUCAAACCGACCGCGGCCCGCUUUGGGACCCUCUGUUCAACUCGCACUUUUACACCUACAACUACCUGACCGAUACACUGCAGCCAUCAAACCUCUCUCCGCUGGCGCCCACCGAAUGGUUUUACUUCAAUGGCCACUGGGGCGACAAGUUCUACCCUCUCGGCGAUCAGCGCCAGUACCGGUUUGCCGGGCAAUAUCAUUAUGUCAACGGCCCGCUGGGCCCACGCUUCAAGCACCUCGGCCGGCGCAAGGUCUGCCAGGGCAGCUUCCACAAGUCAUGUGUGAUCCGCAAUUUCAUUGAAGAGGAGAAACGAGCCAACCACUGGUCUGGCGUGGGAGUGGGCGAGGAGCCAGAGGACGAGGACCUCGAGUCCAUCAUGGGUCGUCGUGCUAGCGCGCUACUACUAGCCCAACAGCGCGCAGCAGCAGCCCAACUAGACCGCAACGACUUUUAG